AUGGCAGUGGAGCAGGAUGCAGGCAGACCCACAUGGAGCAGGCAGAUUGAGUUCACUCUGGCCGGGAUUGGCUGUGCUGUAGGUUUGGGGAAUAUCUGGAGGUUCCCGUACCUGUGCUACAGGAGUGGUGGAGGUGCAUUCCUGGUGCCUUACCUGCUCAUGUUGGUGGUACUGGGCAUCCCCCUGUUACACAUGGAGCUGACUCUGGGUCAGUACCUGAGGAGAGGGCCUGUCCUGGCCCUGACCAAAGCCUGUCCCCUGUUCAAAGGUGUUGGCAUGGCAACAGUGGCCAUCUCUUUCAUCAUGUGCACGUAUUAUAAUAUAAUCAUCACAUGGGCGCUGUACUACAUGUUCAGCUCUUUUCGGAGUGAGCUGCUUUGGCAGAACUGUAACAACACGUGGAACACGGCAAACUGCACAGACCGUGUGACCAACAGCUCAUCAUCAUCCACCGCCAGCCAACAGUUCUUCAAUUUUAAGGUUCUGGAGAGGACCAGCGGUGUGGACGAAACGGGAAUAUUACGGUGGGAACUCUUCCUUCUGCUGCUACUGGCCUGGAUCCUCGUCUACCUCUGCAUCUUUCAAGGGGUCAAAUCAACUGGGAAGGUGGUGUAUUUCACAGCUCUGUUCCCUUAUGUCAUUCUUCUGGCUCUGUUGAUCAAUAACGUGCAGCUGCCUGGAGCCAUGGACGGCAUUCGAUUCUUCAUCAUACCAGCGUGGGAUAAACUGCUCAAUGUGGAGGUAUGGGUUAAUGCAGCAGCUCAGAUCUUUAACUCCAUUGGGAUUGGCUUCGGGUCUUUGAUGGCGAUGUCCAGCUACAACUCCUACAACAACAAUGUCCUCAAAGACACUCUGGCCAUUGCAAUCACAAAUUCUGCCACAAGCAUUUUUGCUGGAUUUGUCAUUUUCUCUGCCUUUGGUUACAUGUCUCACCUUCAGAACGUGCCAGUCAGUGAGAUCGCAGUUGAUGGACCAGGGCUGGUGUUUGUGGUUUACCCACAAGCCUUUGUAACGAUGCCCGUCGCUCCUCUUUGGGCCAUACUCUUCUUUUUCAUGCUACUCUGCCUCGGCCUCGACAGUCAGUUUGCUAUGGUUGAGGUUAUGGUGACCAGUCUGCUCGACAGCUACAGUACACCCAUACUCAAAUAUCUCAGACGCAAGGAGUUCCUUGUGCUUGUAGUGUGUGGUGCAGCUUUCCUUCUGGGCAUCCCUCAUGUUAUGCAGGUUGGGAUCUAUGUGUUCCAGUUGAUGGAUCAUUACACUGCUAUCGUGUCCAUCAUGUUCUUGGCCUUUUUUGAGGUGAUUGGCGUGUGCUGGAUCUACGGUGUGAAGCGUCUCUCCAGUAACUUAAUAGAGAUGACAGGAAAGAGACCCAACAUCUUCUUCAGGGUUUGUUGGUGGGUGGUUUGUCCUGCUUUGAUCACUGUUAUUCUAGUCUUCUCAGUGAUUCAGUUUAAACCAGCUCGUUAUGAGGAUUAUGAAUACCCACCUUGGGCUCAGGCGGUCGGCUGGCUCAUCGCUAUGGCAUCUAUUAUCUGGAUUCCACUGGCGGCUGUGCACACACUCUGGGUUCUGCCCGGAUCUUUCACUGAGAGACUGAAGAAGUCCAUCACACCAUUUGCUCUGGACGAUGAAUCAGAGAGCCCGUAUUACCUGCAGAAAGGAGCCGUUAUGGAGGUGAUACCCAACAUUGCUGUCAUCGGCUCGGCUGUACCGCCAUCUGAAAAACCUCCAAUCCAGACUAAUUUAUGAACUACUAUUUAUCCUGGGGACUAAACCUGACUUUGGUCCUGAUCUAGUCCAGCUGAUCUGUGCUGUGAAGGAUUAUUUAUGGAUGUUUGAAUACAGUUGGGUUUGAAAUUUUGGCCCAAAUAUCAGUUUCAGCAAAUUCAGAGAAACCAUUUGUUGGCUGGUCCAUUUGGGGAAGUUAUAAACAUUUCUUGUCUUAUGUAUAGGGUUCCUACAGUCGUGGGAAACAUUUUUAAAAUUGUGAUUUCACGGUCUGGAAGGGUGAUGGAAAUGAAUAAAAUUAUAAAAUGGAAAAGUCAUGGAGCAUUCCAUAAUGAAUAUUGUUCUAAGCUCUGCAGUUAAAUAUUUCAUUGGCUAGAAUUAGAACAUGUUUGUCUGAUUUGGAAGUGAAUCGUUCUUUUCAAUGUAUUGGUCUGAAUGAUUCAUUAGCGAAUCAGACAUUGAUAUUGAAUCACAAACAACUUGUCUUGGAAAUUCAUUGGUCGAAAAGUGUGGGAACGGAUACAAAUGUGUCUAAACUUUUGAUUGGUAGUGCAUUUCUUCUCUGGAAGAAACAACCCCUUUUUAUCAGACUUUAUUCAUGUCUACAGGGUUGGCUGUGAUUCUUUAUCAUUUCAAAAAUUUCUCCUGGGGGAAAAACUUUUACAGUUUACUGUUGUCACCAUACGAAACAGUCAACCAGUGUUAGGAUUUCUGUAUUUAAUUCUAAUGGAAUUUCCUUUUGAUUUAAUUAUUAAUAAUAAUAAUAAUAAAACAUUUGGGACCUCUGCUGUUUUACAGUCAAAGAGAAGAUAAUGAACAUAAAACCGGUCAUAUCUUCUACCCAUUUUGUUUUAUGGGCGUGAUGAUUGACACAUGAGAUAACUCUCUCUCUUAGGGUUCAAAAUGUGAACUUUACCUUCUAUAUGCUCAAUAACGAAGGUCUUUUUGCUUUCUUUUACAGUAAAUGUUCCUUAUUUUGUAAAUCUUCAGUGUUUCUAAGCAUUAAUAACUGAAAUUCAUGCUAGUUCAUAUUAAUUCAAACUAAAAACAUACAAACCAAAUGCUGUAACAUUGGCAAAAGUCCAUGUGGGUGUAUACAUGAUAAAAGAGAGGUACAUUUCAAAAUACCUUCUGAUUAGGACUUUGUUCUUUGUUCACACACCACAGUAAAUUUCUGACACAAGGUCCCAAUCCAAGUGAGCUGCUCUCACAAACAUGUCCAGGCCAUUGCAAAGAAAAAGCCACUUUUGAAACAGAAAAACAAAAAGAAAAGGUUCGAGUGGGCAAAGAAACACAGACAUUGGACAACAGAUAAUUGGAAAAGAGUGUUAUGGAUCUUAACCCCAUUGAGCUUUUGUGGGAUCAGCUAGACUGUAAGGUGCGUGAGAAGUGCCCGACGAGACAGACACAUCUAUGGCAAGUGCUACAGGAAGUGUGGGGUGAAAUGUCACCUGAGUAUCUGGACAAACUGACAGCUAGAAUAACAAGGAUCUGCAAAGCUGUCAUUGCUGCAUGUGGAGGAUUUUUUGAUGAGAACUCUUUGAAAUAGUUUAAGACGUUCUGAACACUUUAUUCAAAUUGUAACAGUAAUAUUUCAUGUUAUUAAUGUCCUGCUAUACACUGUGAUCAGUUGAACGCCACUUUAGUGAAUAAAAGUACCAAUUUCUUUCCAUAAGAGCAAAAUCUGCACAUUAUUCCAAACUUUUGGCCUCCAGUGUGUGUGUGUGUGUGUGUAUAUUAUAUAUAUAUGCAUGCACAAAUAAAAUUAUGCCAAUAUUAGGACCAAUACUAUUCUCCAAAUAUAAUUCGGCAAUUUUUUCCCCCCAAAUCUCAUGCCCUAAACUUUCAUUACUGUAAUGCGUCUGGACGUUUUAGGAUGAAU